AUGUCCUUCAACGCAUCAGAAUUCUGGUCCAAGACCAAUAAACACUUAAUGAAGACAGGAAUAGCUUUUUCGCCUGUUGUAAUAACAAAAGCCAAAGGAUCUAGGCUAUACGAUGCGGAAGGGAGGCAAAUUCUAGACUUUACCUCUGGCCAAAUGAGCUCUCUCCUAGGCCAUUCACACCCAGAGAUCGUUCAAGUGAUAAAGAAAUCUGCUGAGGAGCUCGACCACCUCCUAAGCAACAUGGUCACCAUUCCAGUGGUUAAUCUUGCAGAACGUCUUGGUCGCUUGCUUCCAGCACCCCUCGAGAAGUCAUUUUUCCUAAACACCGGCGGAGAAUCCAUCGAAGCCGCCAUUAGGAUGGCCAAAACAUAUACGGGCAAGUUUGAAAUUGUCGCAUUUUCUGCAAGUUACCACGGCCUGACGCAGGGUGCAAUAUCUGCCACGUACUCAUUGGGUAGAAAACAUGGCGGUCCUGUCAUGCCAGGACAGCUCUCCUUUCCCGCCCCCAAUGCUUACCGUUCGAUAUUCAGAAAACCAGAUGGAUCGUACGAUUGGGAAACGGAAAUGGACUAUGGGUGGUCAAUGAUUGAUAUUCAAUCUGUUGGCUCUCUUGCUGCAUUUAUUUUGGAACCUAUUUUGUCAACAGGGGGAAUCCUUGAUCUUCCCAAGGGUUAUCUUAAGCGAAUAUCUAUUGAAUGCAAAAAGCGCGGCAUGCUUCUUAUUGUGGAUGAGGCGCAGACGGGUGUCGGUCGGACAGGCCAGAUGUUCGCAUUCCAAUAUGACGAAGACGUUGUCCCCGAUAUUCUGUGUCUAUCUAAGACGCUGGGCUGUGGGUUACCUCUAUCUUCCGUCAGCACCACUGCUGAAAUCGAGCGAGGUUGCAAUGAAGCUGGAUUUAUGUGGCUCACAACACAUUACAAUGAUCCCUUACCAGCCGCGGUUGGUAAUAAAGUCCUUGAGAUAGUCGAACGAGACAACAUUUGUCAACUUGCAGCGGAACGUGGCAAGCAGCUGCUCAACGGUCUUCUCGCCCUCCAACAAAAAUAUUGGUUCAUUGGUGAUGUGCGUGGCCGUGGCCUUCUCCUCGGCAUUGAGAUAAUCUCAGAUCCUAAAACUAAAGCUCCAGCUGCUGCUCUCGGGAAAACCAUUACAGAUAGGGCUUUUGAUCGUGGGCUCUCUUGCAAUAUAGUUACUUAUCCGGGGAUGGGCGAUGUGUUCCGUUUGGCGCCUCCUGUUACCGUGACCCCCGAGGAAAUUGAAGAGGCACUUCAAAUAUUGGAUGAGGCGUUUGCUUACGGCACUAAUAAGCAUGGAUUGAAAAUUUGA